AUGGCUUCCGGGCAAGUUCGAAUCGCAUUGGAAUGUGAUAAAGAAGAAGAGAAGACGAAAAAGGUGGGUACUUCAAGAAAGCUUUUGGAAGAGCCUGUUUGGAGGACUUAUUGCAACGGGAAGAAGUGCGGGUUCGCCGUGAAAAGAGAGUGCGGAGAAAAAGAAUGGAGAGUUCUUAAAGCGGUGGAGCCGAUAUCAAUGGGGGCUGGGGUGUUGCCGGCGGAGAAAACAGUCGCCGGAGAAGAUGAAGAAACCAUGUACAUGAGAGCGAAAUUUGAGAGAGUUAUGGGGUCAAGAGAUUCAGAAGCUUUCUAUAUGAUGAAUCCUGAUAGCAAUGGUGCUCCUGAACUUAGUGUUUAUUUGCUCAGAGUUUAA